GCGGAAGCGGCGCCGCGCGCUGCGGGCUGCAUGGCGGGCCCUCCGGACGCGAGCGGGCCGGGCCUCGCGGGGGAGCCGCCGCAGCAGCCACACUCCUCCCGCCAGGCGCCCCCCGAGCGCCCGGCCCAGGGGGGCCCCCAGUCAGGGCUCCUCGCCAGCCUCUUCGCCCCCAGCCCGCAGUGCCAGCCCAUGCUCCUCGAGACGCUGGAGACGAAUCCGUAUGUCAGACUUCUACUCGAUGCUAUGAAGCAUUCAGGCUGUGCUGUUGACAAAGAAAGACACUUUUCUUGUGAAGAUUGUAAUGGAAAUGUCAGUGGAGGUUUCGAUGCUUCAACAUCUCAGAUUGUUUUGUGCCAGAAUAAUAUCCGAAAUCAAGCCCACAUGAACAGAGUGGUCACCCACGAGCUCAUUCAUGCAUUUGAUCAUUGCCGAGCUCAUGUUGACUGGUUCACCAACAUCCGACAUUUGGCCUGCUCAGAGGUUCGAGCUGCUAACCUUAGUGGAGACUGCUCACUGGUAAACGAAAUAUUCAGGUUUCACUUUGGAUUGAAACGACACCAUCAGACUUGUGUGCGAGACAGAGCCAUUCUUUCUAUCCUGGCUGUUAGGAACAUCAGCAAAGAAGUAGCUAAAAGGGCAGUUGAUGAAGUUUUUGAAUCUUGUUUCAAUGACCAUGAACCUUUCGGAAGGAUCCCACAUAACAAGACUUAUGCGAGAUACGCUCAUAGAGACUUUCAAAACCGUGAUCGAUACUAUUCAAAUAUAUGAAGACAAUGAUGUUUUCUAUUACAGAGCUUCAAUCUUGUUUUGAAGAAAAAAAAUAGCUGGG